GCACGUCAGGCGCACACCUGAAGAUUUCAUUGCGCCACACGGCACUGGAAGGACUUUGUCCGCCGCGUGAUCCGCCCACAUGUAUGCCUGCAUCGGCGCGUUACCGCACACACGAUGGCACCUGCAACAGCCGGAGGCGUCCGCGUUGGGGUGCCUCGCAAAUGCCGUUCAAUCGCUUUCCGCCGGAGUAUGGCGACGGUGUCGACUCGAUACGCAUGUCCAUUGAGGGCGGACCGUUAUCAUCAUCGCGCUUCGUCAGUCUGUUGGUGCAUGGUGCGCGCGAUGGUGAAGCAGCGGUGACACUGAUGACCGCGCAAUGGGGACAACUGCUUGAUCACGAUAUGACCUCCACGGCGCAACCGCGCUCAAUCAACGGUUCGGUGCCAAGUUGCUGCGGCAACACUGAUUUCCACCCAUCCUGCUUUCCUAUUAAAGUGCCGCUAGACGAUCCAUGGUUAGCGCCACUUAAAGUGCGCUGUUUGGAGUUUCUGCGUUCGGCGCCUGCGCAGCGUCGCGACUAUCUCUCUUGGCGCGAGCAAACUAAUCAGGCCAUCUAUAUAGACGCAUCACCAAUAUAUUCGAACAGCGCCAAGUCUUCCGACAAUGCACGUUUUCGCAACGGUUUGCUGUUCUAUGGGCGCGGCAAUCCUGCUGAGGAUGUGUGUCAACGCGGUGCAAUAGCUACGCAGUGUAUACGCGCAGGUGAUGGACGCAGCGGUGAGCAGCCUGGUCUAUUGGCUUUACAUCACGUUUGGGUGGGUGAGCAUAAUCGCAUAGCGUUGCAGUUGAGCGAAAUGAAUUUGCACUGGAGCGAUGAGAAGAUCUAUCAGGAGGCGCGACGCAUUGUGGGCGCCAUGUUCAACACAUCACAUACAGGGAGUUUUGCCUAUUGUGUUGGGUGGUGAGUGUGUAGACUCUUUGAUUUAGAAUUGUUGAGCAGUGGCUAUUAUCAGGGUUAUGCGAAGACGAAUCCAACGGUCGCUAAUUCUUUUGCUGCCGCCGCUUUUCGUUUCGGUCAUUCGCUGGUGCAGAAUUCUUAUAUGCGCUGCGAUCGUUUUCACAAUUUCAUGCGAAAUAAUGUCAGUCUACACGAGGAGUUCCAACGUGGUGUUGGCUCGCCCGGUUCAUUGCAUCGCCUCAUACGUGGCUUGGUGAAUCAGCGUGCGCUGAAACGUGAUGAAUUCAUAACACCCGAGCUGACCAAUCAUCUCUUUCAAACACCAGGCUUUCCAUUCGGUUUGGAUUUGGCUGCCAUCAACAUACAGCGCGGUCGUGAUCAUGGUGUCACCUACACGUCAUGGCGUAUACCUUGCGGCCUUACGCCCAUAAAUAGUUGGGAGGACUUUGCUAAUGUGGUCGGCCCACAAUCGGCGCAACGCAUUAGUCACGCCUAUCGCAGCGUACAUGAUAUUGAUCUUGUUGGCGGUAUUGCCGAACGACCUGUCGUAAGCGGACUCGUCGGUCCCACAUUUGCCUGUAUCAUCGCACAGCAGUUCAGUAAUUCGCGCAAAGGUGAUCGUUUCUGGUACGAGAAUGGUGAUUUCGAAAACUCUUUCACGCCCGCACAGUUGCAAUCCAUAAGACGUGUCUCACUUGCGCUGCUUUGUCGUGCUGUUGGCGGUGGUACAAUGCAGCCACAUGCUUUGUUACCGCCGGAAUUGGGUAAUAAACGCCAAAUUUGUGGUACCGGCACAUUGUCGCCGCUCGACUUGAGUCUGAUCGAACAGGAUCCUUUUGCAACUAGUACGACAACACAAGCACAGGAACCGGAUCGCGUAUUUGAGAUUAUAAACACAGAUAAAAUUAGGGACGACAUACCGACUGGCUCCGUACAAGUAGUGAAAGAGAAUAAGGCAGGCUUUCCAAAUCGUGAACGACCCGUGGUCAAUAAGAACUCGGCAAAUGGGUUUGUGACUCAAAUUAAGGUGCCGGGUGAGAUAAUUCGUAUUAGCGACAAAUUAGACAUACGACAAAGGACAUCUGCUAAACGACCAAUUGCGACUGCGAAACCAAUCAAGGGCAUUAAUAAUAAGAUUGACAAAAAUCCGACGAAAAUUACGCUUAAUAUACGUGGGGUAAACAUACGACGACCACAAGGUAACCGACGCACCAUGUAAUUGUUAAAUAUACCUGUCGAACUGCGAAGCGCAACGGAUGGCAACACUCGAUUCAACGCUGCUGGGAAGAUGAAUACAACAAAUGCGCAGAAAACCGAAAGCAUGACCGACGGGCAGUUGGAAGCACGUAUAGAUGACAUUGAACUUGAAACGCAAACGGAACUUAACGAACUACUAACAACCGAAAAAGUUGCCGAAUUCUUAAGAGAUCACCAAAAGAAUGCAGAAGAAACUGAAACCACGAUUAUUUCGAACCACAACAACUCUAUAGACGAUCCAUUACCAACUCUACUACUACCAAGCAUCUCUGACAAAGACAGCAUAGCAACUGACAAUGCACGACAAUCAAAGUUUGAACUGGAGGUACGAGCCGAAUCACUUGACACUAUUAACAAUACUUACGCCUCAAUUAAAGACAUUCUCUCUGACGAAACUAUUCACGCAAAAGUACCAACUCUCCAUGAGGAAAAUGUAGAUGAACAUAUUGAUGACAGAGAUAGUGAGAUUUCACAAUCCAAUAAGAACUUAAUUCCUUGAGGAACUUCGAGUAAUACCGAAGCAAAGACAAACGUAAAAGACGUUGAAAACAUACUGAGAGAACAUUUCAGUAAUGAAAGUGAAACCCAAUAUAAUGGUGAAAAGGAGUUAGUAAUCGACAGAGACAUAGAAACAGACAUUGAACGUGCAGAUAAUAACUCACUUACUAAUUGGGAUGGCAGAACUGGCCCACAGGCAUUUUUAUCAGACGGCGAGCAGAUUAGCGCAGUUUUGACGAAUAACGUGUCUACCAAAGACAGCAAAAUGCAGACAACAGAAGUUCAGACGAACAAGGAGAAUGAAGACAGUACGUGGACAGAUACGGCAAACUCCGUUACAAAGUCAGCGCGUUCAACUACAAAAACAAACGACGUUACGCUAAGUGAAGGAGCCGACAACAAAAACAAUUUUACAGAACAAAAUUUUGACAAUGAGCCCAAUACCGCUGUUAACCCAAUGAAACGACUACAAGAAACCGACGAACUUACAAGUUUAAGACGACGCAGACCUCAGCUGAAUCGAAAAUUGAUUGUAGUUAAAGUACCGAACCGGAAUAAUGAGACAAAAUUGAUAUCUUACAAAACGACAAAAAGUGCGGGCUUCAGAAAACGAUUUUGUAACGCGCUUACGAAUUUGACCACACGACCCACUUCUCGACAAGUGGAACUCAGACAAUCCAAACGCAACCACAUUUUACACACGACCCAGAAAGUUGUAGUCAACGGACCGAAUUCAGAUCAAUACGAAAUCGAAAUAAACAUACGACAAACAAAAAGCAAUCAUCUUUCAGUACAACCCUUAACGACCGCGGCGAGUCCGUACAAACCAUUCCAUUAUGACAAAUUCUCACCCAGUUAUGUGGGCACAUAUUACUCGAGCACUAUAUCGCACGCCUUUUAUCCGAACACACCCACCGUAUCGGCUAAUGUCGUACAAACACGACGCACCAACCCGACCGUCAUUUAUAUUAAUGAACACGAAGACCGUUAAACAACAACGACACGCGCACCGGGACUUUUAAAUAUUCUAUCGUUCGCGACCAGCGGUUUUGGCAACAAUAACAGGCCACAGCAACCGAGUCCACACAGUACUACAGCACAAAAAGAGCAUGCGAAUUAUGGAGCUAGUGUCUCGAAUAUUUAUGAGAGUAACCAUUUCCGGACGAACACGGAUGUAUCUUCCAUAUCACACUAUGUACCACGCCCAUCGAACCAGAAUGUGUCAGCCUUUCCUGCCGUUCCAUCGGCUGCUAGCCUGAGUCGUGGCGGUGUAGCGAGCAGUGGCGUGGUACAGGCGACCAGUAGUGCAAUCAGCACUGGGAACUUUGGUGCCAUUAUCGGGGCGCAAGCGAAUGGCGGAGAUAGUAUUUUCAGUUUUAAUAUACGGCCAAACCCAAUAGUCGGACAGUCACAACUUCCUUUGCCGCCAAAUCAAAUCAAUGGAGGUAGUUGCCUAUUGCCGUCACGAAAUCCACCAUUUAACCAAGGGCCAAACACAGGGUUCUUAAGCUCGCAACAUUCAGUGGCUUCCCGUGGGCAGACAUACUUUGGUAAUACGCAGGAAAGUACAAACAGUCCGUUUUCAAGCGCACAUAAAAGACCGCAACAAGGCACUUAUGACUACUAUAGUCACCAACAGAACUUACUACAGCAGAAAACAAAUUUUGAACAUACUCUUACUAUCAAGGACUAUGACGAAAUCGCCAUAUCACGCACACUCGAACCAAUUCUGACUAACAACUCGACGGAUGACGAAAAUGACGUCGACGACAAUGACGAUGAUUAUUAUUAUAGGGAUGAUGAUGAUUUGAGAAAAUUUGACCAAGACGGUUACAUGAGACCUGAACAUAUGAUACAAGCAGUGAUUAAAUCGAAAGAGAACGAAUUGCGGAACUUAACUGCUAACAAGAACUGUAGUACUAUGUUGGACGACAAUUACGUGCUGCCCGUACUUAACACAACUAUAGACACGCUGAGCAAAGAAUAUUUACCUAAAUCGUUGGAACAAAUAGGGACGACCAAUACUGAGGAAAGCACGACUACGACGACCGAAAGUGUGACCGUUCCUGAUGUUGUGGGUAAACACCUUAAUAACGAGAUAUUGGCCGAAGACUAUGACGAAGAGACGACGAAACUUUAAUUGCUCAAAACGACUGCAAUCCGGACGUUGACGAACGAGAGACAAGUAUAAAGAAGACUGAAACUUAAUACUGAAACUACGAAGGCGAAAUCAGUUCUUGCCGAACGUAUUGCUUUUGCGCCCAUUAAGAUAUUAACUAAGCUAGAAAGACCAGACAUGAUAAUUUACGAUUCACAAAAUUACCCUUCACUACCCGAGUUACCAGCUAUGAACGGAGAUUCGUCUGCACCCACAGAUGAAACGAUGCCUAUAAGAGGUUUGGCUGGCAUUUGGCAGAAGAAGAUACAAACACAAAAGGGCAAGAAUAGAGAGCAAUUUGUACCUACUAAAGCGCCGAAGUACAUCGAGUCCACGUUACAAGCAGGAGCGGAAGUUUUUACAACCGUUUCACCAGCAAAUAUGUACUCGCCUAGAUUUAAGUACUGUUGUGGUUGAGAUUUUGUUAG